UUAUAUUCUUCUCUAAUAAAUCUUGUCUCCUUUUUCUUUACUUCCUUUUCUUCUUAAAUCUCUUUCUUUUUUUUUUCAAUUAAAAAAAUAAAUAUGCCCACCAUAUCUGAAAUCUCAUCUUCCUGCUCUCCAAGUUCAUGGCAAUUAGAAGACGAACCUAUAAUUUCUUAUCCAUUGAAAAUUCAAUUAGUUUCCAAGUCAGUAUCAGAGAGACUGCUCUCUAAAUUCUCCGAUUUAACGGAAUUUGGUUUUGAUUACUCUAAAAGUGGAUUAUGGUCUCCUCCAAUCGAAAGAAGCCACGUGUUCUCCGGCUCACCAACUGGCGAAAUCCUUUCACACACAGAAAUGGCUGAUAAAUUGAAUAAAGUAUUGAAGAGACAUCAGAGAAGAAGACGUUGCUUCAAUGCGUGUUUAUGUUCUCCGAAGAGAUUCUGAUCUCAAGCCACAUUGAGAGACUAAGAAAAUAUGCAGGAAAGAUCUUUAGUUUCUAAUUAUUAUUAUCCAAUUCAAAAUGUACAUGUUUUUAUGU